GUGUGAGUCGCCCUCUAGUGUCGCGGACGCGCUACAGCAGCAGCACAGAGCGCGCGCGUCACAAUACGAGUUUACACAGACUAAUGCAGUUUACACCCGUUAGAGCCACAGAAGGACGUGUUAUUCAUGAAUGAGUCUCACGCUCUGAUAUUGAACAUUUCGAUCAGUGUGUGUGAUCAGUGUGUUUGAGCGAGAGACAGCAUCAUCAUCAUCAUCAUCAUCAUCCAGCGGAGGACAAAGACGCAGAAAUGGGUCACAGCAGCGAAUGAUGAUCUCAGGGUCUCUCUUCUGCUCUGUGCUCCUCAAACAUCACGUCAUGUUCCUCAGCUGUGUUCUUCUGCUGUGUCUCCUGCUGCACGUCUGCGGUGGGACGCUGGACCCCGACAGAGAGAUGUGUUACUCUCGACAGCAUCGGGACGCUGCUGUAAACACACAUGUGUCUCUGGGUCAGAGGGGAACCGUCAUGGAGGCCCGAGCCAUGCCUUCAGAGAAAGACUGCAUCCUCACCUGCUGCUCGGAGGACGUGGCUCCAGGGCUGAAGUGUAAUCUGGUGGUGUAUAAACCGGCGGAGCGGCCCGGAGAUCUCAACUGUGAGCUCUUCCACUGUCCGAGCGAGAGAGACUGUCCUCUGAUGACCGCCGGCCCCGGAGUCAACACCUACAACAUCUUCAAGGGUUUAACUCAUCCAACAACUAAAGGAAGUGAAAGAAUUACAGCCAAACCUGCAGCGCCUCAGCUGACCACACCCAAAACUACACCUAUAACUACAACUACACCCAAAACUACACCUAUAACUACAACUACACCCAAGACUACACCUAUAACUACAACUACACCCAAAACUACACCCAUAACUACAACUACACCCAAAACUACACCUAUAACUACAACUACACCCAAAACUACACCUAUAACUACAACUACACCCAAUACUACACCCAUAACUACACCUAUAACUACAACUACACCCAAAACUACACCUAUAACUACAACUACACCCAAGACUACACCCAUAACUACACCUAUAACUACAACUACACCCAAAACUACACCUAUAACUACAGCUACACCCAAGACUACACCCAAAACUGCACCUAUAACUACAACUACACCCAAAACUACACCCAUAACUACAACUACACCCAAGACUACACCCAAAACUGCACCUAUAACUACAACUACACCCAAGACUACACCUAUAACUACAACUACACCCAUAACUACAACUACACCCAAGACUACACCCACCACUUCGAUUACACCCAUAACUACACCCGAGAGUACACCCACGACUACACCAAUAACUACAACUACACCCAAGACUACACCCAUAACUACAACUACGCCCACGACUACACUAAUAACUACACCCAUAGCUACAACUACACCCAAGACUACACCCAUAACUACAACUACACCCACGACUACACCAAUAACUACAACUACACCCACGUCUACACCCAUAACUACAACUACACCCAAGACUACACCCACAACUACACUCAUAACUACAACUACACCCAAGACUACACCCACAACACCUGCGUCUACACCCACAACUACACAGACGACUCCAGCACCACCACCACCAACCAGUACCACAUCCAACAGUGAAGCCACUGAAGCAGCACUGACUGAGUCAGAAUCAGCAGAGAUGGUGGUACCUGUCGCUAUGACGACCGCAUCCACUACCACGGCAACUAGCACCACACAAUCCUCCUCCACUAAAAGCAGCAGCACUAAAGCGCCACGGACCGCCAUCAAAUCCAACCGUCCCAAGAAACCCAGCAAACCCUCGAGACCAGAAACGCAUUCAGUGAAGCCCAUCAGAUACACAACGAUCCCGACGAGCAGCACACCUGCAACUACAACAACUACAACCACCACCACCACCACCACAGAACCUACAACCACCACCACUACAACCACAACUACAAGCACAGCAGCCGUGAUCGAGCUGGAGAGCGACCCGAAGCGCCGAGGUUUCUCUCGAGAUCCUCUUCCAGAGAAGCCCAAGGUGUCUCGAGUGAUGUGGAAGAACAGCCUGGUGGCCAUCGUGGUGAUCACACUCAUCUUCCUCACACUCAUCCUCUCUCUGGCGGCCCGUAAAGCCAUGGAGUCCUUCGACAGACGCCACUACACCCGACUGGAGCUCAACGACCUGCACUACGAGGUUUAACACCACCAACACCACCAACACCACAAUCAAAGGAGACAUGUGUUUCCUGGUAACUCACUGGGAGAGAGCUUUGUGUUUUAAUAUUUAGGCUGUGUAGACACUGCACACUGUUGAUGCUUCAUCUGUGAAUCGAGACUGAAGGAGAGAAAUCAAAAGCAAUACACUGAACUCAGGUGGAGUGAGAUGGUGAGCAUCACUCCUUCAAGAUGUUUCUUUGGCUCAAGUUUUGUUUUCUCUGGAGAAACACGGGUAAGAACGGCCUCAGCUGAGUUAUAUUACGUGUUUUCUGGAUCCAGAGCACACAUCUCCUUCACUAAUGGAUCGUGAGCUUUAUUUCAGCGAGAUCCUCACAUGUGUUUCACGUUUUCACUGUAACUGAACGAGCGGCGCGGUGUGAAUGUGCUUUUUUGGAUGAUUGUCUGCUUUAAUGAUCACCGAACAACAGCAUGAGAUUGAGAAAUCUGUCCGGUUCAUUCAGUUUGUUUUGAUCUUAUUCUGCUUCAGUAUUUUCUAAUCUGUUAUGAUAUGUUUGUUGUUGGUAUAUUUUUGGUGAGCCUAGGCUUUUACAGACACCUUGAGAUUAAUGUGAU